UGUGAUUAUUCUGAAAUACGGAAGGAGGGGUGUCUGUGUGAUAAGACUAGCAUUUUGGGAAAAUACAGAGAAGAAAAGAAGAAACUAACAGCCACCAGAAUUUCUAGUCUCUUCAGCAGCAGGAGGAUGGAAGAAAGAACUGAGGUGGCUUCACAUAAGACGGAGAUCUUGUUGGUCCUGCUGAUCCUGGGCCACCUAAUAGUGCUCACCUACGGCCAACCCAUCCUAAGAGCGCCAAAGAAUGUGACAGGGACCCGGAAUGGGGACGUGACAUUACAGUGCGUCUAUACUCCCAUGAGAGGCUACAGUCAAGAGUCUGUGAAAUGGCUGGUACAUCAUGGCUCUGAUCCAGUCACCAUCUUCCUACGUGACUCCUCAGGAGACCAUAUCCAACAGGCCAAAUACAGAGGCCGUCUGAAAGUGAGCCAGAAACUUCCAGGGGAUGUGUCUCUCCAACUGAAUUCCCUUCAGAUGGAUGACAGGAGUCACUACACAUGUGAGGUCACCUGGCAGAGCCCAGAGGGAACCCAAGUGAUGAGAGAUGAGAUUAUUGAGCUCCGUGUCCAGAAAUACCCCUCUAAUCCAACUAUAAUCAAUGUUGAAGCACUUACAACCAUGCAAUCCUCCUUGGAAGCAACAACUACAGUGAAUUCAACCUGCGACUGGACCUCUAAGGAGAAUGGAAAAUUUAAGGAGACCACUGUUGGCCCAGUGGAUGAAAAACAUGAGAGGACCACUGCUGGCCCAGGUAAUGAAAACCAUAAGAAGACCACUGUUGGCUCAGUGAAUGGAAAACAUGAGAGGACCACUGCUGGCCUGGGGAAUGAAAACAAUAAGGACAUCAUUGAUGGCCCAGGAAGGAACCUGAAAGUCUUUCUCAUCAUCUGCAUCACCUCCCUUUGCUGCAUAGUGGUUGUCACCACGGCUUAUUUUAUCUUCUGCCACAGGACAUUCCAGCAAGAGUAUGUCUAUGAACUAAACAGGGUGUGUGCCAAGGAGACCAGAAACUCUGGAGAAACCACAGAGGUGACUACCUUCAUAAAUGGGUACUUCAGUGACGAACCAGAUUCCCAUGCUCUGAUCAAUGACUAUUCUGAUGAGUCCUUGCCUGGGCCAGGAGUACUAGAUAACCACCCAGAUCAACGAUAACUAUUCAUUCCUGCCUGCUUCACACAGUUCCUCGAAACUACGAAGUUGUCGCUACUGAAGACAAUAGCAUCUGCUAAAAUGUUACAAGUCAAGGUCUACUGACAUAAUUGCCUAUGAUUAUUUAGCUCUUUAAGAUUUCUUGCUUGCUUCCUUUCUUCCUAGACAACCUAAAGUAUCAACUCUGCCAUUGGUGGGGCCACUGGGAAAUCCUAGUUAGACUAAGAAUUUACCAUGUGCCCCUCAAGAAAGCUAGCUUCUGAGUUUGGCCCUGGACCCUUCUAUGUUCCUGCCCGGGGCCUCCACACCUCCUCUGAAAACACUAGAGAAUUUCCCAUAGCACUAAAGGUUCUUUUUCAUGCCUCAAAGCAUCACCAGAAAAUCAGGUGAGUGAGGCUCAGUCCUACCAACUCAGGCAAUCAUCUAUGUUAAUUAAUUAAUAUUGCCAAAUCAAAGGCCAAGGUACACAUCUGUUCCUAUACUGCAAACCUAAUGCUCUUGUGUUUUGUUCUUCUGGUGGUAAUAAAUGUUUAAUCAGGACAGCAACGUCAAUUGUGUUUGUCUUAAGACACAGUAGGACCUACCUAAAAUGAGACUAAAUAAGAUGGUAAGCCCCCCUAGACCCUUUUCUUCUCUGUGUCUGUGUGUGUUUUACAAGAAAGUGUGUGUGUGUGUGUUACAAGAAAUUUAACCAGGGUUAACCAAGUACUCUACUACUAAACUAUAUUCUUGUAUUUUUUUAACAUUUUAUUUUUAUGAGAUCUCAUUAACUUGCCCAGGCUUGCCUUUAUUUCACUCUAGGCUUUGAGCUUGCCAGCUGCCUUAGACUUCCAAGUAGCUGGGACUGUAGUUCUGGAAUGCUAGGCUAAACUAUACUAUAGAUUUUUGUUGCUGUCGGUUUGUUUUUUGGCUAAACUUAGUCUUUCACUUUCCAACUCACGCCAUUUCCCUUCUCACACCGUGAAUAGUCCUAUCUAAAACAAACCAAUCACUUCUAAACAGUAUUCUACAGAAUAGCCAUUCCCCCACUCCAUCUUCGUUUUAGUUCUACUUAGGGACUCUUCUCAGGGCAACAGGAAGUGUGGCAAGAAGCCCUACUUCUUUCUCAAAGGACAAUGAACAUAGAUAUGAAGUAAUUUCCUUGUUUAAAACAUGUGUGUAGUAUCACUAAAAUCUUUGGGUUAGUUGCAAUAUUCAUCGGUUAUUUUCUUUAACUCCUGAACUCUUCUUGCAAUGUGGAGAGGGUUAAGUGUAGCAGAUUCUUUUUUAAGGAAAGGAAAGGGAAAGGAAGAUAAAGAAGGGAAUGGGGAGGCAAGGGAGAGGGAAGAGGAAGUGAGGGAGUAAAGGGAAGGAAGAGGGAAGGGAAGGGAAGGAAAAGGGAGAGGAAGGGACAAGAGGGAAGAGAAGAGGGGGGAGAGCUAUAUAUUUGUGUACCAUUGAAUAAAAUUCCCUUGUCUAGAAAUCAAUUGGGAUCAGGUUUGUACUGCUUCCUUUCCCCCGUGUAUUUCAUAUCGAAUCAACUUCUUUACUAUUCAUGAGAGUUACUACAUUGCCUAUAGUUUCAACAAGAGCUGCUCCCACAGUGAGAUGAUUACAAAAGUCAAAACAGCACACAAAAACGAGCAAGUAAGAGGCCUCCACAUUUUGCCCCCACUGAUACUGCCAAGUUUGUGAUCAAAACCUCAGCAUUUUCUUCCUUGCUGAAUGCUAGCUACACAUAACUGGUGAGAAGGACCACUUCUCCAUUUUACUUACAAGCCUCCACACAGCAGUGGUCCCACUCAGCAGAAACCUCAGCUUCCUUCACGAAACAGCUCUUAGCCCAGCCCUUCCCCCCCCAAGCUCCUUUUAAAAACACUCAUUUAUCUUAUUCUGCUAAAAAAAAUAAUCCCUGGACUUGAGGAGAGGAUUAUUAUUGAAAUUUCUCUAGUAAAAUUAGUCACAAAUGCAGGAACUCCCCGACGCAGGAACCAUCAGAGAUGUCUCUUGGUCUUUUCAAUUGAAAAAUUACUGAUCUGAGCAUUCACAUAUCACAAAAUGGGAAACGAAGCUCAGAGAGAAAUGAUGACUUGUCAAAAGUAACAGACAUCAAGACAAUGGCUAAACAAAGACUGGAAGUGAGUCCCGUGAAUUUUAGUAGUGUGCGUGCAUUGCUGCUGACAUCUUCUAGAGAUGCUCUUUGCUCCUAAACUAAGAUGUUUUCCCAGGCAGGAUAAGCCAGUAAGUCCUUCCUAUAGAGAGUGACUCUUCUAAGCAAAAAAUGGGUUGAAAAGAUAGGUCUUGUCAUUUAGGUAGCUGGCUGAUGCGUGGGAAGUUAGAGUGAAAUUAGGUAUCUCCAGAACAGAGGGAAAGUAUGGAAUUUCUCUAGAGAAACUUCCCAAAAUAUAUAUCAUGAAAUGUUAGACUCUGGAGAUAGAUAUUGGAAACACCUUUCUAUAAGUCUGUAUUAAAGUUCAUUUAGUGCAGAAUGUUAAAGGCUCAGAAAAUUCUGUUUAAAAGCUCCACAUAAACAAACAAUUCCAAAAUUCACUUGCCCUCUGAGUCUAUUUUUUAUUACCCUC